AGUAAAUACACAAAUUUAAAAAAUCUAGUUUUAUGAGUUUUGAACCAUAUUAAGAAAAUAAAAAGACAGUGAAAGUGGCUCCAAUUAGGAUUGUUUAAAAUUAGCAUGAAUAGAGUGGCUCUUAGAAUCAAACAACUAAAUAUCCAUAACUUAAUUUAUAAUUCUAAUUUUAAAAAUGUUAUACUCCAGCUGUUACAAUACCUUUAAGUUUUUUAUAAUAGCUCAUUUAAUAAGCUUAGUUAAACAAAAUUCUGAAUCAGAUUGGGGAAACUAAAAUUGUUUAGCAAGAAUAGUCAGAAGCUGUCAAUAAUCUCAUUAAUUAAAUAUAAUAUCAAAAACAAGGAAUCUCAAAAUCAUAAGAUAGUAAUGAAGACUCCUUAAUUAAAUUAUAUUUAAUUAAGAGUCAAAUGAAAUUUAUUGUUGAAGAUACAUCAUCUAUAGAAAAAGUAAAAUUAUAUUUUGCAGAUAAUCAAAAUCUAUUACCUCAUUUCUGGGCUUGGAUUAAUUCAAUCGAAAUUAAAGCAUUAGAAGAAAUGCUUAUGUUAUGUUAUACAAAUCCAUCAAAUACUAAAAGAAUUUAAGAUAUUUUCAAAACUCUUUUUUAAACUUUGUCAAUUGAAUUUUUUUAGAAACAUGCAUAUGCAUAAAUAUUGAGAUCGAAUCUACAAGAUAAAAUUAAAUAUCUAUCAGUAAUAGGUGAUAUUUUAAGUAAAAUAGUGAAUCCAUAGGAUUAUUUCUAUUUUAAUAAAUCAUGA